AUGGCAUAUACUGAGCACACUGCUCGUAAGUCAACUGGAGGUAAGGCACCAAGGAAGCAACUAGCUACCAAGACUACAUGUAAGUGUGCACCAACUACUGGUGGAGUUAAUAAGCCACAUCGAUACCAUCCUGGAACUGUUGCUCUUCGUGGAAUGUGUAAGUGCCAUAAGAGUACUGAAUUGAUGUUCAUGAAACUUCCAUUCCAGAGACCUCUUCGUGAAAUUGCCCAGGAGUUCAAUACUGAUUUACGGUUCCGGAGUCAUGCUGUGUUGGCAUUGCAAGAAGCAUCUGAAGCCUAA